AAUUCCAGUAACAACAAGUGUGAAGAAGAAUACUGACGUGCAACGGACGUUAGUGUCUUACAAUGAUUCAUGGUGAAACAGUAUCUGCUAACGUGAAUUCUGGUCAAGAAUUAAUGACGAACUCCAUUCUCAGAUCCUUAUAUCGGCGCUGUAAGAUGAUAUUUCAGUCGAUAUCAAAAAUAUUUUGCAAGUUGUACAUCAUCUCGUUUGCUCUCAUGCUCCUGGCGAGACAAACCUACCUGUUAUCAGUUGGAGAUAGACAAUGGCUUCUUCUCUCCAAUGGUGAGUUCGUGGACCCAGACUGGAAAGUAUCCCCACUACAGGUCUUCAACAGCCCCCCAGAGCCAGUAAUGAUCAUUAAUUCUGAACAAAGUGCUAACUAUGUCAUCGUCAACAUAAUAACAGCAGUAAUGAUGAUAUGGGGCACUGUCAUGAAUAUUGGGGUGUUGGUAUACCCAGGCUUGAUUACUGUAUUAGUGGCUCUGCUGCAGGAUUGGACCUAUGUUUUCCACAGAAAUCCUUUUGAGGAUCAAGUUGACAUCGGAGAACAGACGUACCACAAUUUCAUUAACGUUUUUGUUGUAAUUUUGGUUGCAAAAAGUCUGCUGUGGUAUGCAACCAUCCGAUGUUUAAGAAGUAGGCAUAAUACAGUAACACGAUAAUGUGUCCACGAUAAUGUGUCAACAAAAGAAUAAAUAUACACUUUCACUGCUUUCCAA